AAUGCCGCCUCCAGAUCUCAGGAACGGCUGGGCCGAUUGCGUUCAAAUUUGGCACACCGCUAGCGACCGGUUAGAAGGGUGCUUUGCACAAGCUCGUUGGAAGUACCCUCUCGCCCUUCCGCACGUGCAGGGCUCACUAUCUCGCUCGCUCGUUCUUCGCCCAAAAGGCGUUUUACUGGUUUAGUAAUAUGCAGUGAAUGACAUUACAUGGAUGAAUCUAAAAGGAACGUUAACAUUAGCACUUCAUCACCAAUGGUGUGCUGAGAUAGCACCAGUUGGAAACCCAGGAGUAACUUCAGCUAGUGAGGGCAGCUGUAUUGGGUCCAGAUCGUCCCAGCGGCUGUGACCGGUCCCACUCGGCGCCCAGCGGCUGCGGAAGAUGGCAGCCGUGGAGGAGGUCACCUACUCGGCCGGCAUGGACGCGGCCGCGCCGACGCCGCGUAAGCCGAGCGGCGUGCUCACCUCGUUCCUGACGGGCCGGCCUAUGGAAAUCCCCGAGCGAGACAUCCUGGGCCGCUGCCGCUUCGUCUCUGAGUUCGAGAAGCUGAACCGCAUCGGCGAGGGCACCUACGGCGUGGUGUACCGCGCGCGCGACACCCGCUCCGGCCAGAUCGUGGCGCUGAAGAAGAUGCGCAUGGAGAAGGAGCGUGACGGCCUGCCGGUGUCGGGCCUGCGCGAGAUCUCCAUCCUGCUCAAGUCGCGGCACGAGAACAUCGUGCAGCUGCACGAGGUGGCCGUGGGCCGCAGCAUGGAGAGCAUCUUCCUGGUGAUGGAAUACUGCGAGCAGGACCUGGCCAGCCUGCUGGACAACAUGCAGACGCCCUUCUCCGAGUCGCAGGUCAAGUGCAUCAUGCUGCAGGUGUUCCGCGGCCUGUCGCACCUGCACCGCUCGUUCGUGGUGCACCGCGACCUCAAGGUGUCCAACCUGCUGCUCACCGACCAGGGCUGCGUCAAGAUCGCCGACUUCGGGCUGGCGCGGCUGUACGGCGCGCCGGCGCAGCCCAUGACGCCCAAGGUGGUGACGCUCUGGUACCGGGCGCCCGAGCUGCUGCUGAUGGCCAAGGCGCAGACGACCGCCAUCGACAUGUGGGCGGCCGGCUGCAUCCUGGGCGAGCUGCUGGGCCACAAGCCGCUGCUGCCGGGCCGCUCCGAGAUCCACCAGCUGGAGCUCAUCAUCGCGCUGCUCGGCACGCCCAACGACCACAUCUGGCCGGGCUACUCGCAGCUGGCCGCUCUCGAGAACUUCACCCUCAAACACCAGCCGUACAACAACCUCAAACAGCGCUUCUCGUGGCUCUCCAACGCCGGACUGCGGCUGCUCAACUUCCUCUUCAUGUACGACCCGCGUAAGCGCGCCACGGCCGACGAGUGUCUGGAGAGCACCUACUUCAAGGAGCAGCCGCUGCCGUGCGACCCGCGGCUCAUGCCCACCUUCCCGCAGCACCGCAACCUGAAGGCGGGCGAGGCGCGUCCGGGCGCGGCGGCCGGUGCGCCGGCGGUGACCACGGCGCCGGCGCCGACCGGCACCUCGGAGAGCGGCUCGGUGCAGGAGGCGGCCGCGCCGGCGGCACCCUCCUUCAGCGCCGGUGGAGGGUUCCAGCUCUCCGAACUGCUGCAGAAUCUCAGCAAACGGCGCAAACUCGAGUGACGCACGGGACGUGCCGACUGAGUGGGGGUGGGGAAUGAACAUUGGCGUGACACUUACUGUGCAUUGAAAACGCGACAGUGUGGGCAGAUGUGAGUUCCUUGCCAUCGACAGGAUCAUUUUCGGGUCCAUGAGAUGGAGUGCG